AUGUUGGGCACCAGGGAAAAUGUUACCAUCAAAGCUCAGAAUCCUGAUGCAACACCAUUUGGGAAAAAGCCUGCUUCUAAUGUACCCAGCAGUCAGAAAACUUUUCAUCAGAAGUCAUACCUCAUCAAACAUCACAAAAUUUACACUGGGGAAAAGCCUUAUGAAGGUAGCAAGUGUGGAAAAGCCUUUUGUCACAAAUCAUCUCUCAUUACACAUCAGAGAAUCCACACAGGGGAAAAACCUUAUCAAGGUAGUGAAUGUGAAAAAGCCUUUUCCAGACCGCCAACUGUCAUUACACAUUGGAGAAUCCACACCGGGGAAAAACCUUAUCAGUGUCCAAAGUGUGGGAAAGCUUUUUCUCAGAAGUCAUACCUAAUUAAACAUCAGAAAAUCCACACAGGGGACAAGCCUUAUAAAUGUAUUGCGUGUCCAAAAGCCUUUUUCAGGCCGUCAUCUCUCAUUAGACACGAGAGAAUCCACGCAGGUGAAAUCCUUUAUGAAUGUAGUCAGUGCAAGAAAGCUUUUUGCCACAAAUCACACCUAAUAACACAUCAAAGAAUUCACACAGGGGAAAAGCCUUAUAAAUGUAGUGAUGGAAAAACCUUUUAUGAGCAGUCAUCUCUCACUAGACAUCAGAGAGUCCACACAGAGCAUAAUCUUUAUCAAUGUAGCCAGUGUGGGAAAGCUUUUCGCUGGAAAUCAUACCUAAUUAUACAUCAAAGAAUACACACCGGUGAGAAACCUUAUGAAUGUAGUCAGUGUGCGAAAGCUUUUUGCUGGAAAUCACAUCUAAUCCCACAUCAGAGAAUCCACACAGGGGAAAAACCUUAUGAAUGUAUCAAGUGUGAGAAAGCCUUUUGCCACAAGUCAUCUCUCAUUGCACAUCAGAGAAUCCACACAAGGGAAAAAUCUUAUCAAUGUAGUGUGUGUGGGAAAGCCUUUUGUCAGAAGUCAGCUCUCAUAAUACAUCAGAAAAUCCACCAAGGGGAAAAACCUUAUCAGUGCCCUAAGUGUGGGAAAGCUUUUUCUCAGAAGUCAUACCUAAUUAAACAUCAGAAAAUCCACACAGAGGAAAAACCUUAUGAAUGUAACGAAUGUGGAAGAGCAUUUUUCAGGCCAUCAGCUCUCAUUACACAUCAGAGAAUCCACACCGGGGAAAAGCCUUUUCCCAGCAGUCAUCUCUCACUAAACAUCAGAGUCCACACAUGGGAAAAACCUUAUGAAUGUAUGUGGGUCACAUGGAUGUCUUUAGUGACUAUGAAUUCUCUCCAGGAUAUUGCAAGUCACAUAAGCGGAGGUCUGUACCCUAGUUCCAGUGAGACCCUCAGAGGCCUCUCAAGUGCUUUCUCUGCACAAUCAGUGGAUACUUCAUCAAGAAUUAUCAGUAUGGACACCAAGGAUCUUAUCCCAGCUGCCAAGGAGAUCACAGGGAAUCUGAAUGCCUUCAUAGGCCGAAAACUCCGAGAUUACAAAGACACCACAGCAGAUCGCUUAGUUGAUCCUUCUGUUCAUCUGGUCUUCCCUGUUGCCAGCAUCUCCACUCUCUACAGAAUGGGUGAAUUCUUCAUCCCACCUCUGGGAGAAGAUAACCUGAAGGACCUCAGAAAGAGAAAUGAAGCUAAGUCUUCAGAGGAGAUCAGAGACAUGGAGAGAAAUGGGCUGCCAUGCAAUGUGUAUUUCCGUAAUGGAAGGAUGAAAAGUGAACUGGAGACAUUUGUGACACAGACUAAGAUGUCUGGAAUCAGUGAUCAGGAAGAAGAAAAACCACCAUGA